AUGUAUCGACAAUUUCUCCUAUGUUCGGAAGAUCUGAAGUAUCAGAGAAUUUUGUGGCGCAAUUCAAACAGUGAGGUCGAAACUCACCAAAUCAACACCGUUACGUUCGGGCUGUCAGCUGCACCCUACCUGGCUAUCCGAUGUCUCAAACAAUUGGCAGAAGACGAAGGACAUCGAUUUCCGCGAGCUUCGUCAGUCUUGCAGCGGGAUUUCUACGUCGACGACGCACUUACCGGGGCUGACACGAUAUGCGAAGAAGCGCUGUCAAUCCGAACAGAACUCACCGAACUUUUCCAACUGGCCGGUCUAAAAAUAAGAAAAUGGGCAUACAACAACCAGGAACUACUCAACGGACUAUCGGACCACGAUAUAAACCAGAAUCUACAACCAGAGUCUCAACCUUUAAAAACACUUGGGAUUUUUUGGAGGUCCUCCGAUGAUUCAAUCCUUUACUCGGUCGAAGCCAUGGCUAAUAUUCCUCGCGUUACAAAACGAUCAAUUAGCUCCGUAAUUGCUAGAAUCUAUGAUCCUUUAGGACUACUCGCGCCAGUGAUCGUUCGAGCAAAAAUGUUGCUUCAGAGAGUCUGGGCAUUGAGGGUCGAUUGGGAUGAAUCGCUUGCCACAGAUUUACAUUUAGAAUGGAACCGAAUCUCCGAGAUCCAGACUAAAACUAGCUUUCGCAACUGGCGACAUGUUCCUACCAACGACAAUCCCGCGGAUCUAAUCUCGCGAGGACAUACACCUGAGGAAUUUCUUCGCCCGACCAUUUGGCAGCACGGUCCUGAAUGGCUCCAGCAGUCUGAAGAUCACUGGCCGACAUGGACACUGAUACCGCAAACGGAAUUACUGGAACAAAAAAGAGUAACCUGUCUGUCCGCAAUUCCCGCCGAUUAUAGCUUGCUGCAAAGGCAUUCAUCUUGGCCUAAGUUGAUCAGGAUCAUCGCUUGUUGUCUCCGUUGGAAACAAAAGCAUAACCGAGCCACACCCAUAACUGCAAUCGAAUUAAACAUAGCCCACGACAAACUUAUAAAAUUAUUGCAAGGCAUCUAUUUCUCUGCGGAAAUCCGUACGCUCCAGAGGGAUCGAAACGUGACAAUAAAGGGGAAGCUCACGCGACUUAACCCAUUCAUAGAUAAGAAAGGAAUAUUGCGGGUAGGUGGCCGACUUAGUCAUUCGUCUAUGACUUUCACUCAAAAACAUCCUAUAAUCUUGCCUAAGUCAUCUGUUACAGCACGCAUUAUCGAUCAUGAACACAACGUUAAUAUGCACUCAGGAAUACAGGCUACGUUGUACGCCGUACGACGAAGAUACUGGCCCAUCGACGGUCCAAGUCAAGUUUGGCAUACGAUCAAGAGCUGCGUCCGUUGCUGCUGCGCUCACCCACCUUUACCGGAGGCGCGAGUGACGGAAUCACGCUCAUUCACGAACGUCGGCGUCGACUAUUGCGGACCAUUCCAUGUUAAAGAAACGAGAGAUCGCGACCGCCGUCAGAUCAAAGCAUACGUUGCUAUCUUUGUAUGCUUAGCGGUUAAGGCGGUGCAUAUCGAGCUUGUCGGCGAUCUCAUGAGCGAGGCUUUCAUCGCCGCACUUCGGAGGGACAUCCCAUCCAAUCGGCUCUCCAGAUGGCAACAUCUCCAACAGCUUAAACAGCAUUUUUGGAACCGCUGGCAUAAAGAAUACUUGAACGAGUUGAGCAACCGCACCAAAUGGAGCAAGGGUGGGCACAGCAUCCAGGAAGGCGCAAUUGUCAUCCUCAGAGAGGACAACGUGCCCCCUAUGCAGUGGCCUCUGGGACGAGUGGUCAAGGCCCAUCCAGGCGCCGACGGUGUCAUCCGAACAGCUACAGUUCAAACGACGAAGAGCAUCUUGGAUCGGAGCGUCAAAAGGCUUGUCCCACUGCCCAUUCAACUUGAUUUCGAUACUGCCGAACAACCAGCAGUCGAAACGAAAUAA